CAUUGCAUAAUUGAAUGGCAAUUCAAUAGUGUUUCGUCCUUCUUGUCCUAAUCUAAAUCCAGUUAAUUAGCAAAAUAUUGUUUCUUUUACUUUGUUUGUCUUUCUUUCUUCGUGAGCCGUUGGAUCAUGUGUCAAGUAGAUGAUGGGAAUUUUCCAGUGCUGGAAAAGAAGUCAGUGAUUGGACCUAAUGCAAGAGACUGCAUGAAGUGUGGGGAGAAGGCUGUGGUCAUUGCACGAAUCAAGGAUGCUUUCUGCAGGUCCUGUUUCCUCACAUACUUCACUCACAGAUUCAGAGCAACAUUUGGCAAGGCUAGGUUGGUAAGGGAUGGAGAAAAGGUAUUGUUUGCUUUCUCUGGUGGGCAAUGUUCAAGUGCAAUGGUGAACCUUGUAAAAAGGGGUCUGGAUCAAAGCACUCACAAGAAACUUAGAUUUAUCCCUGGGCUUAUCUACAUUGACGAGGGUGUGGUCACUGGCCAGUCUAAGGAAGAGCGAAGCACUACCUGCAAAAGAGUAUCCGACAUGAUGAAAGAGACUGGUUUCCCAUGGUGCAUUGCUACCUUGGAAGAGUCGCUAGACGUUCCUCCAAAGACAUCGCCAUCUCAUCCCGAGGGCGAUAACACCGGCAAGGAGGGUGACAGUUUCCAUAGUAAUCAAACACUGACAACAGAUGAGCUUUCUGGGAAGCUGGAUGAGAUAAGUCUAGAUACCAGACGGACGCAAGAAUGUAAAGACUUGCUGGAAUCUAUGACCUCUCUCACAUCCAAAGAGGAUCUCGUCAGGAACUUGAGGAUCCGUCUACUGAUGCACAAGGCUCAUCAGAUGGGAUAUCACAAGAUAGCUGUCGGCGACAGCGGGACCAGGCUGUCGUCAGGUAUUCUUACCGACCUCGCCAAGGGAAGAGGGGCAGCUAUACCCCUUGGUAUGGCCUUUGCUGAUGACCGGUGCGGGGACGUCACGUUGGUCAGACCCAUGAGGGAGUUCACAACCAAGGAGAUUGUGAUGCAUAAUUCCUUUUUCAAUGUGGACUCCUUAUUUCUGCCGACUCUUUCAACGAAGGCCGGAGAGUAUGCCAGCAUCGACACACUCACGGAGUCCUUCGUCAACAAUCUACAGACUAAUUUCCCUUCAACUGUUAGCACCGUGUUCAGAACUGGGGAGAAAAUGUGUGCUGCUGAAACGAGUAACUCUGAGCCAGACCAAUGCUGUAGCAUGUGUAUGUCGGUAUUAGACACAGCCGUGGGAAAGUCCUCAGCACUCAGUGCAACCAGAUUUUCCUUACGGAUGUCAAGAGAAGGAUCAGUUGGUAAGAGUCGAUGUGGAGCAGAUGAGACAGACGAUGCAACCUGCAGUGAGUCAUCUUCAAGUCAGUGUUGUGGACAGGGGGAUGGAAGUUGUCACAGCAACACAAAGAAAGGUGUAUCUUUUGAGAGCCUCGGUAGAACUUUAUGCUACGGAUGCCAAGUCACAGUAAGGGACAUGAAAGAUGUUAGCUUACUCCCUAGUCAUGUUAUAGACGAAGCAGAAAAACUUGAUAGAAGAUCCAGAAUGCGCGAUGAAAUCAGUGACUUCUUGCUGGGUGAAGAGAGUUGAUAAAUGUAUACCAGCCAACCAUCUCAGAGGGCCAACGAGGGGUUGACAACUUUAAAAAUUUGAGAAACCUGAAAAUCGGUUGAACCCUUUAAAUUUGCCAUGCCAAGCUUUAGUAUGGUCAUCCAUCUCUUCCUUUUAACGUUUGUGCCAAUUUGUGAAUUCCAUGUUUUACUUUGCAAACUACUUUGUUAAAAAUCUUCUGUAUGGUCCUUGACUCAAAAGUGCCUCAAAUCUAAAAUGGUUAAAAUUCGGGGGGGGGGAUUAA